UGCGGGCACCGGGGGUGGGAGUGCGGGCCGCCCCCCCGCCGCGGGUCCCGGCUGAUGUCUGUCUCUCCCCUCCUCCCGCAGUCAGUCGGAUGAACGGUCUCUGCAGGCCCGCUCAGCCGGCCCAGGUUUUUCCCGCGGGGGGAUAGCGAGGGGGUCCUUAUGCACAACCCCAUGAAAUGAACAAAGCUCCACAGCCCACAGGAGGAGCCCCGACAGCCCCGCACCCUGCCCCUUCUCCCGGACUGCCGCAGCCGACGUUCCCACCCGGUCAGACGGCACCUGUGGUUUUUAACCCGGCACCGACCUCACAAAUGAAUACGCCUUCUCAGCCGCGCCAGUUUCCAGCAGGGCCUCGGGCUAUUCACCAGCAGGGAGGAUUCAGGUCUCUUCAGCAUUUCUACCAGAACAGGGCGCAGCCUCCCGCCAGCGCCUCCCGCGUGCAGAGCAACACGACGGCCCGGCCCGGCCCCCCCGCCCAUGUGUAUCCCGCCGCUUCCCCGGGGAUGAUGAUACCCUCCCAGAUAUCCUACACGCCUUCCCAAGGAGCCUACUACAUCCCCGGACAGGGUCGCUCCACAUACGUUGUCCCGACCCAACAGUACCCGGUCCAGCCCAGCGCCCCCGGUUUUUACCCUGGAGCCAGCCCCACAGAGUUCGGGACUUACGCGGGUGCUUAUUACCCGGCACAGGGGGUGCAGCAGUUCCCGGCGGGGGUCCCCACCGCCCAGGUCAUUGUGAGCCAACAGCCGCCGAUCCCCACAAAACGAGAGCGCAAGACGAUCCGGAUACGAGACCCCAACCAAGGUGGCAAAGACAUCACCGAAGAAAUCAUGUCCGGAGCAAGGACCUCAUCCACCCCCACCCCUCCACAGGCUGGAAGCGGUUUGGAGCCCCAGGCCAACGGAGAGACCCCCCAUGUAGCAGUUAUUGUCCGGCCAGAUGACCGCCCGAAGCCCGCGCUGGUGGUGAGCAAGCCCGUCUCCCUGGAGCCCAGCAAGUCGGCGUCCCCGUCACCUCCCCCUCCCCUCAUCCCCGAGGUGGAGCCCGUGGUGCUCUCGGCGGUGACGCUGGUGCCAAUGGAGCCCCCCGUGGACGCGGACACUAAAGGGGAGCCGGGCGAGGCGCCGCCCGACCCACACAAGACGUUUAGCGCCAUCACUACAGUGCCAGGGCCCGCGGAGCCCCUCCUGCCCACGCCCGACAUGGACACGGUGCCCACGGUGGCUGCGGAGGAGGAGGAGGUGGUGGCCGCCAUUCCCCUCCCGGAACCCACCCCGCAGGCGCCCCUGCCCCCCGAGGUACCCAUGGUGCCCGUUGUCCCCCCGAUGCCAGCUGUGCCCCUGCUGCCGGCCACCCCCUCGCCGCCGCCGCCCGUCGUACUGCAGGCCCCCGAAGAGCCCGCCAAACCUGCCUCCCCCAGCCCCCCGCCGCCCCGGGAAGAGCCCCCCGCCCCCGCCGCCGAUGUGUCUGGGGACGGGGGCCGUGCUGGGGUGGCAGGAUCGUGUGGCUCCCCAUCCUGA